AUGCGCUACGUCAGGGAGGCGCACAUCUCGGACGUGGUGCGUGAUAGGCUCCGCGCCUGCAGAGGUCCGACUGCCGUCGCCCGGGAAAGUGACCAGGCAGGCGCCACAGCCAGCGGCCCUCUGUCCCAGGCGCCCCGCGCCUCGGAGGCAGACUUGCUCGCGCUGGAGGACAAGCUCGAGGCCAAGUUUGGCCAGGACGUCGAGGCGAAGGCCGGGGCCGUCGAGGCCCGCUUCACGCAGCUGAAGUCGGAGUUCCGCAACGCCAGGCACGCGGAGGAGAACAUGCACCAGCUAGCUGGUGCUGCACGAGGCGCGGGGGUGGGCCCACGCCGUCGACUUCGACAUGAGGGCUCCCCCGCCCCCGCGGCUCUGGGCCACGCGAUGCGGCUGGGCGUUCGCUCUCUCGCCCGACGCCCGGCUGGUCACGGUCACCCCGACCGGGGAGGCUUCGAAGAAUUGUGCACGCUGCUUCCCACGCCGGGCCGCGCCGGGAGGCGCCGCUUUGGAGGCUUGAAAAUCCCCCAGGCCCAACCUUGGCGAGUAUGUGGGGAGGUUCGCUCCCUGCCACGUCCGUGCCGCCCUGCGCCUCGCGGAGGCGGCCCGCGGGGGGCCUCGUUCGCCCGUCGGGAGGUGGUCGUCCGCUAA